AUGGGCGCCGCCCUGCUGCUCGCGCUCCUCCUCGCGGCGGUGCCCCUCUCCGCGUCGGCGGCCGAUGACGCGCACCAGCGCUACUCCGACGAGGGCACCUGCACGGUGGACGCCCCCGCCGCCGCCGGCGCGGGUGCGGAGCUGCGGCGGCUGGAGGAGCGCGGCCCCGGGCGCAUCAUCGACAUCACGCACGCGUACGUGCCGGACCUGCCGGCGUUCGCGACGGGGGCGGUCACGGGGCCCGUGGUGCGCCUCAAGGAGUCCAUGGCGGACGGGUCCGAGUACAACCUCUCGGAGCUGCGGAUGGAGUGCCACGCGGGCACCCACGUCGACGCGCCGGGCCACAUCAACCAGGCCCACUUCGCCGCCGGCCUCGACGUCGACACGCUCGACCUCGACGUCCUCAACGGACCUGCGUUGCUAGUUGAUGUUCCGAGGGACACAAACAUAACAGCUGAAGCGAUGAAAUUCCUAAAUAUCCCGAGAGGAGUUCGCCGAGUUUUAUUCAGGACACUGAACACUGACAGGAAGUUGAUGUGGAGGAAGGGAGGUGACAUGAGCUAUGUUGGAUUUACAGAGGAUGGCGCACAGUGGUUAGUUGACAACACUGACAUAAAGCUAAUUGGAGUUGAUGGUCUAUCAGUUGCAGCAUUUGAUUACUUGAUCUCUGCCCAUGUGGUCUUCUUCAAAACCCCGGAUAUAAUCCCUGUUGAAGGCCUGAAACUAGACGACAUUGAGGCGGGAAUAUACAUGCUGCAUUGUUUACCUCUCAGGCUGGUUGGAGCCGAGGAUGCUGAAAGAAAUCAAGAAUCGCUUAAUGCUGAAGGAAACCCCCAGGGACCAGGCCUCUCAAAAGCCGUGGCGUCCAAACAGCUCAGUUGCCGUAACAUUAUUGCUCAGUUGGCGCUCAUCUUCUUGUCUUCUGGUCUUCUGGACUGCGUCGCGCCGUCGCCUUCUGGUCGUCUGGACUGCGAGCUCGUGGCCAUGUCUGCUUCUCUUCUGAUGGCGAUGCUCCUGCUCGCCUCAACAGUGGUGCCGCGCGUUCCUGUCGCGCGGGGGAGCGGCAUGAGCGCCGCCCACCCGGCGUACGCCGACGCCACCGCCUACGGUCCCGCCGCGGCCUCUGCCGUGGAGGCGGGGCUUGAGGAGUACGGCGGCGGGCGCAUCGUGGACAUCACGCACGCGUACCGGCCGGAGCUGCCGUUCCCCGGGCGGGACGGGCUUGGCGCGGUCACCCGGCUCACGGAGUCCAUGGCCAACGGCUCCGUCAACAACGUGUCGGAGCUACGCAUGGUGGUGCACUCCGGGACCCAUGUCGACGCGCCGGGCCACAUGGUCCAGGAGCACUUCGAGGCCGGCCUCGGCGUCGACAAGCUCGACCUCGACGUCCUGAAUGGGCCUGCGUUACUCAUUGAUGUUCCGAGGCACACAAAUAUAACAGCUCAAGCAAUGGAGUCCCUAAAUAUCACGAAAGGAAUUCGCCGAGUUCUUUUCAGAACACUAAACACUGACAGGAAGCUAAUGUGGACCAAGGAAAUUGACACGAGUUUUGUUGGGUUCACAGAGGAUGGUGCACAAUGGUUAGUUGACAACACUGACAUCAAGCUAGUUGGGAUUGACUAUCUGAUAUAA